GGAUCCAUUAAAUUGGUAAUUUAUAAAAAAAAAAAAAAAUAGUGAAAGAAAAUAACUCGAGAUGGUAGGACGGUGUCAUAGACAGAAUACAAGAUCCGCGAUGAUGUCGAUCGUUUUUCCACGCUCAAUCCGUGGUAUUUCCUACUUGAUGCUCAGCAUCAUAAUUCUAGCAUGUUCAUCAACCGCAUCACAAAAUCCUGCUGACGACUCAGAUGUAUUCCGCUAUAUUGUACCUUGUGGCGAAAAAAUCGAUUUGAUGUGCAAAGAAGACUACGAUGGGAAACGAGGGCAAAACCCUAGUGUAUCGUGGUAUCGUUUAUCAGCUCGUCAGCUUGACCAGUUGAACUCGACGAAAAUAUCAGAUCUUUGGGAAUACACUGUUCGAGGAACUUAUUCAACAAGCACACUCGAUUACAAUGCGUUUCACGUCAAUUCCACCAUAGACGAUGUUUCUGUCUAUGAUAGCGGAUGGUAUUCUUGCUUAAAAGAGUCAAACGAUGGAAAAAUACAGGAACAGAUCAGACUUUGGUUAGAAGUUAUUGACUGUGCAGAUGGAAAAGGAGACGAGCAGCAAAAACAAAAAAUUCAAAAUAACGAAGGAGCACCUUAUUUUGCAAAUCGAAAAGUAGCGAAAUAUGUUACGACCAAUGGUGAAGGAGAAAUAACGCAAAUCGCGAUAGGAUGUCGAUUCAGAGCAUACCCACGUCCUACGAACAUUACUUGGUUAAUAAAUGGACAACCAGUGAAGAAUCGAGAAGAGGAUCCAAAUACACCUUCCCACAAAAAUAAUGCUUUUGGUACCAGAAGUUAUAUCGAGGUGACUAAUUCGACACAGCUUGUCGUAACAUCUUACACCAUUCACAUAUGUAACGCGAAUGGUUGCAUAGAUAGAACAUUUUCAAUUUUGCCACUCACAUCACCAGAAAAAAAAGAUACAGGUCUGUUCAUAAUCGAAACACAUGAAAAUGUGACCGUACUUGCAGGCGAAUCAAUCACAUUGGAAUAUGAAUUCGAAAACCGUACACAGCCAUGGACUGCAACAUGGAUAUCUCAUGUUAAUGGAGAUCACCCUCUCGAGAGUAAAAAUAAUACGCAACCCUUUGUGGCAGCUUAUACAGUGCCCGGAACACUCAACAAACAAGAAAGAAUCUACGAAUGCCACGGCCACGUAUCCAAUUCAAAAUGGUUACAGAAACAUUUCUUCCAUGUGAAAAUCAUUGACAAUGCACCAGCUGGAAAUACCAAGGAGCCAACAACGCAACAGAAUACCAUUCAAAAGAAAAACCACGUAACCUGUGGCGAAACGGCAUCAUUAAUUUGCGAUACUAGAACCAUUAAGUCGAGCUCGCGAAUAAUAUGGUAUCAUUUAUCGGGCGAGCGUGUACAAGAGUUGAUAAAAACUAACUCGUUGGAUGAGUUAUCGAAAUACGUGAUUACUCAGGAUAUCGGUGAAUAUCCCACAAGACUUCAAUUAAAAUACGUCACAUUGUUCGAUCAAGGAUGGUAUUCUUGUGUAGAGCAAGGAUUACAGACAAAGGAGGCACCACACUUACGAUUACUCACCAGCCGUUUGUUAGAAAUUGACAACUGCACAAAGUAUGGCAACGAAGAGCAACUGAAAAACGAACUAAACAAAAUCCAGAACGCGCUUGGGCUACCUUAUUUGGUAGAUAAAAAACAUGAAAAAUACAUCAAGUUCACUUGGACGGCGGAGACAUGGCACGAACUUGCGAUAGCAUGUCGUUUCAGAGGGUAUCCGGCACCCCAGGUAACUUGGUCAGAGAAUGGACACGAAGUGACGACCAAAAUCUCCUAUGGGGUCAACAAAGAAUUAAUUCAUUUUGACACCGCCCAUUACAGAAAUUUCUCAGCAAAUUACGCUUGUGUAGCGUGUAAUUCAAACGGUUGUACGAAUAAGACGUUUGAAAUUACGACCAAGCCAGACAAGAAUGGAACUGUAACAAUUGAAACUCACGAUUAUGUGAACGUAAAAGCAGGCCAAUCUAUUACUUUUGAGUGCGAAUUCAGUCGUCGCGGAUUUUCAGAAUAUGAAUGGAUUCUAGAGUGGAGCCAUAAUAAUGGAACAGUUCGUCAAUGCAAAAGUUCGGAGGAUCAAACAAACUGUGCCAUAAAUGAUUACGUGUCCACCUAUCCGAUUCAGAAAGUAACCAGUAAAGACGAAGGCACGUAUGAAUGUCGAGUAUUCAACUGGAAAUGGAUUCAAAAACAAUUCUAUCAUGUGAAAAUUGUCAAUAAUUAGCAUAUGUAUGCUGUACAAGCAAAAAUUUAAUUUUUGUACUCACCAAAUCGUCCAUAUGGCCACAACAGCUUCUAUAAAAACAAAAAUGUCAUAAUUUAAUAAUUACGAGUAAUUUGAGAUAAAACGUAAUUAUUGUAUAAAUUGUAAAAAAUAAAGUAGAUAAUGCAUUUUCA